UUGGUGGUGGACUAUAUCAGCUCAGAGGGGAGGAAUUUAAACAUGAUGCGGAGAAGGUCGGGAGGCAGACACAGAAAGAGGACACAGAACCAGAGAAACGGACAUCAUGAAACUGCACACUGCUCUACUGCUGAUUUGUCUGUUUAGGACAAGCUUUGCUCUGCCAGUCCAGAUUGGAAUUAUUGCGAGCAAUAGCAAUGAGAUCCUGAGACUGAAUGCAUUAGCUCUUGCAGCUAUGGGACAAGCGCAGGGCUCUUCAAUAUUGCCCCAGUUUGUGCUGCAGCAGCAGCAGCCUGAGGUGCUGCUCACCCCACAGGUGGUGAACUUAAACCCUCAAGUGGCAGGUCCUUUCGGUCCCCAGGGACCCCAACUGCUUGUCCCCAACCAGGGCAACCAACUUACACGUUUGCUUUUCCCCAAUGGUCAACAAGAACAGCUUGGACCCCCACAGGACCCCAACAAUCCUAAUGUUCCUCAGCAGGCACAAAACCCUAUGCAGAUGUUUCCACAGUUUCAGUAUCCAUCUUACAGAUUUCCUCAGUUUCAUAGGCCUCAGGGUUUCCCUUACUUUGUACCAGGUUAUGGCUAUCCCCAGCAGAGGAAUAAUCCAGGGCUGCAGCCCAACAACGGCCAGCAGAACCUGGAAAGAACGACACAGAGACCACAGCUCCCUCUGCAGGCCUCCAAGCCAAAGCCACAGACAGAAGAUACAUGGCCACUGGGGCCAAAGAAAGAGUCUGCUACAGUUCCUCCUGAUCCUCGUGGUGAUGCAACUGGUCCUGGGGUUGAUGAGGGCCAGGUUAACUUCCCAUUCCUGUUUGAGCCUUAGAUGUCAAAGCUACAAGAUCAUUAGGCAAAAAAUGAGCAACCCUGUAUUCGGCCACAGCCUGACUGAAACUUGCAGACAUUCUACUGUUUUUUUCCAUUGCUUUCAUACCAUGUUAAAUAAAGACAUUUGUCAAAUAAA